AUAUAGAGAUAAGAUAACUGAAUGGAUAGUGGAGUGUUCACAUGUUACUAAGAUUGACAAGUAUGGCGAACCCCACGAUGCAUGCAGCGGUUUGGGCAAUAUUUGUGCUCAGCUAUGGACAACUUGAUGCAGCAGCUGACACAGAAUCCCGUCUUGCUGAUCUAGAAGAACUGGCAGCUAAAGUUGAUUUGUCUGUCUUUACUAAUACGGCUCAUUUGGAAAAACUCAGCCAUCGAGUUCAUGAGCUUCAAGGUGGCACGAGAAAGGACGAAAAAAGCGUAAGACAAGUGGUGGAUCCCAAUAUUGGUUUUGACGCCGUGGUCAGCAAUGUGACUAUCAAUCUUGGUGACCAACAGACAAUUCUCUUCGACAAAAUACGCACCAACCAGGGUUCUGGUUACAACGCUGCGAAUGGCCGAUUCACUUGCCCCCAGAAUGGGCUCUACCAGUUUGCCUCGACCAUCCCGUCUAAAUUGAAUGGCACCGUCGACUGUGAAAUGGUCAUGGACAACGCUCAAGUUGGGCGUUUCCGAGCCAACCACCCAGGGUUUGAUCAGGCGACACAGGUAUUGGUUCUCGAAUGUAGGAGCGAGCAACAGGUGUGGCUCCGACAUUUCCAUGGAGCUAACGACACAUCUAUUCUCUCCUCAACCCACAGAUAUAUGGCCAGUUUCACUGGUCAUCUUAUAGCUUUCAAUGUAAUAAAGUUUUUGUCUUGAAUGAAACAGAAUUUAUAAAAUAAAACUGAAAUUUAGAA